AUGUCGUCCUCGGAAGGUGCACCGGAAUCCUGGAUUUCCUCUUUCUGUUCGCUGAUGGGCCAUGAGUUUUUCGCUGAGGUGUCGGAGGACUUCAUCGAGGAUGAUUUCAACCUCACUGGUCUGCAGUCGCAGGUGCCCAUGUACAAGGAGGCGCUGGAGAUGAUUCUCGACGUGGAGCCUGAGGAGGAUGAGGAAGAAGAAGACGAAGAGGAGGAAGAGGAAGACGAGGAUGAUGCGCUGGGUGAUCAGCCUGCAUACCGAAGAGCCGGCGAUCGGCGACAUGCGCGUGUUGCCAGCGAUUUGAGCGUCAUUGAGAGCUCUGCAGAGCUCCUGUACGGCUUGAUCCACCAGCGGUACAUCACCUCCCGACCCGGUAUCCAACAAAUGCUCGAAAAGUACGAGAUGCAGCACUUUGGCACCUGUCCUCGAGUCAACUGCAAUGGCUGCAAAGUUCUCCCUGUGGGCCGGUCUGAUACUCCUGGUCAAGAAACAGUCAAGCUCUUCUGCCCCGGUUGCCAGGACAUUUACACACCCCCCAAUAGCCGGUUCCACUCCGUGGAUGGCGCAUUCUUCGGCACAACCUUCGGCUGUCUAUUCUUCAUGACCUUCCCAGAUCUCGACAUUGGCCCCCGCCUCGAUGCUUCCCUCUCCGUUAUGUCGCCCCGAAACGCGCCCAACCAGUCUCGCACCGGCUCUGCGACCCGCUCCCCCGCCGCGCGCCAACCGACCUCGCCCACUCCUGAAAACCAACCGCUGGAGAUCAACGGUGUUCGAACCCCUAAUCUCUGCCCCGGUCUGGGUAAGGGCAAGAUCUACGAUCCCCGUAUCUACGGAUUCAAGGUGUCGGAGGUGUCGCGGGUCGGCCCGCGCAUGAAAUGGCUGCGCUCCAAACCCCAAAAUGUGAUCGAGCUAGAUGAGGCUUGGAACCAUGAGCAGAACCACUCUCCGCAGACUGAUGAUAAGGAUGGUGAUACCGAAAUGAAUCAGCAACAAUCACAGAAUGCGGCGAUUGCGAACCGCAAGAAGGCUCCCAUGCGUCGACGGAGGAACCUUGGCGAGACGGCGACAGAUCCGAUGGACGUGCACGGUCGAUGA